CGUCUCCACAAAGGAGAAAGGGGAGGAGCCAAGAGGGAGUGGGGGUGUCGGGCCCGUCUUUCCCCUGCCGUGUCCCCUUUUCUCAGCUCGGCGCAGACGCCAUGUUGGCUUGAAAGGAAGAUGACGAGCGGUGGCUGCAGGAGGAGUAGCGGCGGUGGCGGGCGGCGAAGAGAAACGGGACGCGGCUCCCGUUGAGGGAGGGAGCAAGAAAACCCCAGUUUCUCUCUUUCCUCCCUGACGUCUUGUUUUCCGUCUGUCUCCUCUCCGCCGUCCCUCCCCCCAAUUCCACUCAAGAGAGGCGAGGAAAGGGCAAGGAGCGCCGCCGCGCCAGCUGUGAGGGGGGCUUCGCUAACUGCCGGCUGCUGCUGAGGGAGCCCCUGGAGGAAGGGGAGCAAGAGGCGGAGAAGGAGCGGGCGGCGGCGGCGGCGGCGAUGAGAGCGGAGACCUGAGGAAGCCGAGGCGGAGGGGGCGGUGAGCGCGGCUGCCGCGGCGAGAGGCCACUGCAGUUUAAAUCCCCCCUUGAGCUGCUGCUGCUGCUGCAGUUUGAGGGGGGAAGGGUGUCAUUUCUUUUGUGCGGCCCCCGUUUCCCCUCCAGCUUCUUCGUCUUCAUCUUCUUAGGCUAAACAUCAUCAAUAUAUAUAUAUUUAAAAACAACAACCUUGGAAGGACUUGUCAGGGGGCGAGAAGGACCCCACCUCCUAGCACUUCACCCGUUGUCUGCAUCACUAUCUUUACUUUGUGAGGUCUACUGGAAGGAGGGGGGGGACACAAAACAACCCCCCUCCCUGCCCCGCAGAUAACUUCGACCCCAGAGAAAGACCGGUUUACUUCUCAGCUUGAGUGCCUGUCGCUGCUGCUUCUUAUUUUAAUGAGGUGACUCGGACGCAGAAGUAUCCUCUGAAUCAUCUUCGUCAUUCAUAAUUGGUCUAGGCUGGAGAGGAAGAGAGAGAAAAAAGCCUGUACACAAUUCAUGCCCUUGUACAUUUCUGCCGGAUCUACCUGACACCACUGGUGUUAUUGCUGCUACUGACAAGGAUCUGCUGCCAUCUGUGGUUUCCCUGGACUUUCCUCUCCGGUCAAGUCUUUAACACCAGUUCCUCUUGGAUUUUUAUCCUCCCUUUCCAUCUACUGUUUUCUUUUUUUAAACAGCGCUGAAACAGCUGGAGGAAAAGAAACCUUAGAACUUAAAAUAGACACACACCAAAGAUUGUUUAGCUGGAAGACCUUUUUGCUGUCUGGCUUUUAAACAUUUUUGAUUCUCUGUCUUUGGAAACCACCAGGGUACAAUCAAGAUGUCCAGCAGUGUUCCAUCUGAUAUGAUAAAUUUGCGCCUCAUUUUGGUAAGCGGAAAAACGAAAGAAUUCUUGUUCUCACCAAAUGAUUCGGCAGCAGACAUUGCAAAACAUGUAUAUGAUAACUGGCCAAUGGACUGGGAAGAAGAACAAGUGAGUAGUCCAAAUAUUCUGCGACUUAUUUAUCAAGGACGGUUUCUUCAUGGCAAUGUCACACUAGGAGCAUUAAAACUCCCUUUUGGCAAGACCACAGUGAUGCAUUUGGUGGCUAGAGAAACAUUGCCAGAACCAAACUCUCAAGGUCAAAGAAAUCGUGAAAAAACUGGAGAGAGCAAUUGCUGUGUGAUCCUGUAAAAGCUCUGCUGUAUCUGCUACUUGUGAUGUAGAAUAGUUUUUCGUCUUUCAUGCCGCUGGACUAGAGGAGACCAACAUCACUUCAAAUCCCCUUAGGAACAGUCUACUUGUGAAUCCAUUGAACUGAAAUAUUACAUGAAAAUAGUCACUUUUUUAAAAACAAUGAUUUUAAUUUCUACUAUUUGGGUUUUCGAACAAGGUUGUUAAUGCAUUACUUCUCCAAUGCAUUUUCUCUCCUAGAAAGGUUAAAGUGUCUCUCUAAGGUUAACUGUCCUCUUCAACAGAAAUAAUUUUGCUGCCAUAAAAUCAUUCUUAACCUGAACUUUAACCAAUCAAGAUUUCUAGAUGCACUUUGCACUAAAAAUGGUUUGACAAGAUAUAGACCUCAUCAGCAAAAGCUCUUAAAUAUUUCAAAUACAGAGAAUAUGAAUCAGCACUGGAAAAUGCUAUCAGUAGUCUUUUUUCUUUCUUUCUUAAAUUCAGUAAUGGCCAACUGAAAAGGGGAAAAAUAAUUACUAAUUAGUAAAUUCUACCUAAGUCAGCCUUGGUGGCCAACUGGCACAAUACUAACUAUAAAAUUGUCUGAUUAUUGACAUUUAUAUUUUCACUGCAACGAACGAUGUGCCUGUAAUUUUAAAGCACUCUGUAGAGGGCUGUUGCAACUAAUUUUUUUCAUUGAUGUGCACUCUUCUCUUGUACAUUAGUUGAGUGCUUGUUUAGACAGCACAAAUAAGUGCAGAGAGUGCAUUUCCUAGCCUUAAUAUGGGAGGGGUAAUUUCCUGUAGUUCAUAGGCUUUUAUUAAUGUGCAUAAAUAUUAGAAGACCUCAUUUACUAAUCAAUUUUAUGUCUUUGAAUAUCAACAGUUGAUGUUUUUCAAUCAUUCUUAUUCAUCUGUACCUUAGUGUCCAGUGUCAUGCUUACUCAUUAGUAACUUCAAAGGAAAUAAUUAAAGGAAAUUUUUUUUAGAAAAAAAUAGAAAAAUCUCUGCCAUAUGCUGAGUUUUUGUUUGUUUAUGUUAGCUGCAUUUGGUAUUAGUGCUUGCAAUUAUAUCGGAAAUCAAAAGCUGGUUUUUGAAAGCAUACAGUUACAAAGGAUGCCAUUCUUUUACUUUAUAUAAUUUAAAAAUUGAUAUGCUAAAAAAAUUUGCACAGCACUAAAGCAUGAGUUAGUUUCAUCUAAACCUGUAAAGAAUAUAAAAGAUUUUAUAUUUUUUCCACUAGGGAGAAAUUCUUCCUAGUUGAAAUUACAAAUCUGUAGAAUAUAUUUAAUUAAAGUCUUAUAAAAACAUGACUAUAGAACUUAAAUAGAUUGGCGUGUAGAAUAAUAAAACAAUAUUCCAUAUAAAUAGCUCUAGGCUUUAAAAAAAAAUGCAGGUUGACAUUGUGUUCUAUACUUUUUGAGUCCAUGGCCCUUACAAAUGUUCUGUGUUUUUUGAAUGAUCAACUUCAUUUAAAUGUAAUCAGAUUAUUUUAUUCAAUGUUAUUGCUUUGACAAAAUGCUUUAUAUGCAGUAGACCUACAAAGAUACUGUUCAUAAUGAUCAAAAUUAAAUUUGUAUAGAGCAGAGUUUUAAAACAAAUUGUAAAUAGCACUAAACAUUUUCUUUCUGCAACCUGUACUGAUAGAUUCUUCUGUAAACUAAAUAAAAGAAGAAUAUUGUAGUGCACUUGGUUGUGAUUUGAGGGCUGUGACAUCUGGCAUCAAUAUUUUCAGUCAUAAAAAGAUUGGUAUGACCUC